GCUAAUUACAUUGUUCUUCCGUUUGAAGGUUCCUAGAGUUUCGAGUUCCAAUUCUCAAGGUAUCUUCCGUUGGUUUGUGUAUGUGCGAGCUUCGAGCUAAUUUGGAUACUUUCUUCCGGUGAUGGGUGGGGGACACAAAGAUGUUGAUCCUUCUCCAGUGAUGGAGACUGAGACCACAUCAGAGUCCUUUUCGUUUCCCAAUCCGACCAUAGCUUCUUCUGUUGGAUCUCAUCCUCAGAACAUUGAGGUUGGGAUUCCCCGAUUGCAGAGGGUUUUAACUCAGAAAUCAAGAUCCACUAAGCCUAGGCAAGCUGUUGUGGCAAAGGUUUCGGAAGUAUGUUCUCUCUUGGGUAGAGCUGGAACUAUGUGACUUGGUAAAGCUGUGUGAUAGAACUCAAGUAUAUUUCUAUCAAGAACAGAGGAUUACACAAGGAUUACAAGCGAAAGCUAUCUUGCUCUCUCUCGAGAAGCAAGUCCUAGCCACAAGAGGCCAACCAACUAACUGAUUCUCAGUGCUAGCUCAUUCCUUCUCACGUGACUACCUCCAGUUCAUAUCAAUACCCCCCUUCUGAAGACUCAGCUUGCCCUCAAGCUGUCAUGACAUAGCUUCAAAUAAUGAGGUCUCCAUCACGAAAUCUGGCUCUAGCACAAUGCCUGGUGCCGUAAAGAUUACAGACAUUGGCUUUGCUUCAUCAGGUGGAUACAUCUGUGGCCUCGAUGGGGACUGAUGUCAUACAAUUCAUCUGAAAAUUGUAUAGACAGCACAUUGACAAACGUGAGCACAAGUUGUGACAUAGCAGAAUGAUGACCAGAACUUUGAAACAUGACAAGCAACGCUGUAGCUCCCUCAGCUUUAAACUCAGUCCGUGUAACAGAUUUUGACGCUAGCACAAGUCUCUUUGCCACAGUUCAAGAUGAUUGUUAUACUCCUCUUGGCUCGGCUCAAACAGAUAAAUCAGUUCUUCGCACCUGUAGUCAGCCAUGGUCAACUGAUGCAAGUGUCUCUUGGAACUCGUGACAACCAGUGCUUGUGAAUCCACCUCCGAUAACUCAAGAACAAAAGUUCUAUAUUUGUCUCCUUGUACUUGAACAUCCAACACUUCAAAAACUUCCUUUUCUUUUGUUGUUUUGGACUUGACUUUGUAGCAUAUGUUUUGAUGAAACGUGUUCCACCAUUCCAGCAUGAGUAUUGUAAACAGCUUCAAGUUCUGUACCUUCUCUCAAAUAGACGGAAUAGACAUGGAACACAAGUAAACAUCCACCCUCAAUUGGUGCUUCAUGUAGUGGCUUAAUCACUGAUAUAAACCAAAGUUGUUGCAG